UACUUUGAUUCUUGCUGUUAGUAGAAGAGGACAUGCUAUCUUUAAUUGUCCUUGCCUUUUCUUUGUCUCUGCUCUCCCUCUCCCCAUCAUGUGAGGGAGUUUUUGAGGGGAAAUUCACGACAGACCAAGGCUCAAACUGCGAAUGGAAAGAAGUGAAUCACAAUCCUACCAGUGUUGCAUUCCUGUUGGAGUGCUCGUGCAAGUCUGCAACUGAUGGAAAAUUUUUUGAAUAUUCUUGUGAGUAUGAAGGGAAUCCUCACGACUGCGAGUAUUUCGAUAAAACUGGAGGAGCCCCGAGGUUCUUUCAUCAAAUUGCAAACUACUUCAAAGAGAGAUCUCAUGCUUGUUUAGCAGACUCAGUUGAUGUGAGCAAGGUUACAAAAAUAUGCAGUAACAUGUCAACUCACCUACUGACAAGGAGAGAAGCUGGUAAAGGAAGAAAUGGUGAUCCAAAGAGAUGCAGCAACGAGGGAAGUAGAAAAAGGAGAGAACUUUGAGAUUACUAGGAACUAUACUUCAAAGAUGCUUAUAUUAUUA